AUGGGUGGAGUCCUAGGUUCCUACCUUGUUGACAUGGCCACCGACGUACGACAUCCGUUUUCGAGUUUGCCCCUUGCAUUGACGUUUGGGGUUGCUAAGCGAAAACGAUGUGGACACUUUCAACCUCCCCGGAUACUAUGCUACUCAGCAAGAGCUAGAAAUAGUCAUAGAGAGAAACGGUUUGUUCAGCAUCGAGAGGAUCAAGCUGCUCGAUCGGGCCAAACCGACAGAGGGACCAUCAGAGUGCGGCUUCCGUCCAUGAUCGCCUCAUACUUUAGGGCGGUCCUGGAGGGGCUCGUCAAGGAGCAUUUCGGGGCCAAGAUAGUGGACAGGUUAUUCACCUGGUUUGAGAAGAAGAUCAAAGAGUCUCCCCUGCUAUCGGAUCCGCGAUACAAGUCACCCCGCGAACUGCUCAUCCUCCUCAAUCGCAAUGUCGUGUGA